AGAACAAAAAAACCAUAAUUUAAUUAUAUUAAAAUUGUGGAAGAAAACCCUCCAAGGAAACCCACUUCAUUCUCCAAACCUACCUUCAAGUUACACGGGAUAAAAUUAAGAAGAGAGCUCGCAUCAAAUCUCGUCCAAAGACACAAUGAAGUUGAUGAAUGCUGUAUCUGAAGAGUGCACGAAUUUGGAAGACCAACCCAUCUUCUUGCUCUUCCAUAGUUGAUGCUUAAUCUUUACUCGAUUUGAAAUUAUUUUGCUCUAUACAAGGGAUUUGAGAGUGUUGAUCGGUAUUGUAGUUUAAACACACCGAAAACGAUUGGAGGUGAAAUUUCGAAACUUUGAAAACGUCUGCAGAUUUUCUUAAAAAGGUAAAAAAAACUUUGAUAAAGAAGAGCUUUUUUUGUGAUUCAGGUAAUUUUGUCAUACAUUGAUUUAGUUUAUCUUAUAGUUGAUGAAUUUGUUAUUUUUCUUUUUUGUUGAAAAAUGACAUUUUAGUUCUUUUUUCCUCUUUUUAUGAUAACUAGCAAAAUAUUAAUAGUAGCAACAGUUUACUGCUUCCUUGUGCUCAUGUGAAGUUGAUUGUUUCAAUGUCUUGUUGGGAUGCCUGUUGUUCUUUAGAGUGUCAUUUGUAGCUAUCCUUUAAAAAGUUUCAGAAAAAAAUUUCGCUGGUGUAUAGUGUCUACAAAUUUAUUGUCUAAGAAGUGAACUUCUCCUCAGAUCAUUUAAGCCUUUUCAGACAUUGAGCUCACAUAUAUGAUAAGAAAUUAUAUGUACUUGAAACUAUAUUUGAGUGAAGAUAUUCAAUUUUCUCAGUUGCGAGUUGUGACUCUUAUAGUAAAGCUUAUAUUUUAAUUGAUAUGAUUGAAAAUGUGGUUGAUGAAGUAUUUGAGGAAAGCUUCUAAGUUACGUUGUAUUCUUACAUCUGUAUAGGUAUUUAUUUUAUGGCUGCUAAUAAAGCAUACCAAUUGGAUCUCGGUCCACUUGAUCCGUCUUAUUAACUGGACAGCUCACUCAUAGGUCACGAGAUAUAUGGAUAGGGAAUGAUAAUAUGAUUUUGAACACAAGGAAAUGUGAUAGGAAGUUUUGUGACCUAGUAAAUGAACAUCCCAUUCAUCCACGACUCCUAGAUGUGAUUAAACUAUUUGGAUUAUAUGGUGUUUAUAGGUCUCAUACGCCUGUUAUUGAUCGUAGCUUAAUCACCGCACUAGUUGAGAGAUGGCGGCCUGAGCCUCAUACAUUCCACUUUAGGACGGGUGAGAGUACGAUCACUUUACAGGACGUGGAGAUAUUGUAUGGCUUACCCGUGAAAGGUAAUCCAGUUGGGUAUGAGCCACAGAGGUCUGUAGCGGAUUGGUUAUUAGGUUUUAGUCCACAACCUCAAGACUUAAAACAUAGUAGUCUCAAGGUCUCUGCACUUAAUGCACACUUGCGACUUCAACCACGAUUACCCGACUUGUGAACACAGGAUAUGGUCAAUGAGAAAGCUAGGUGUUAUAUGUUUUGGAUGAUUGCUGGUAUACUAUUGGCAGACACAUCUAGUGGUCUUUUAAAGCUUAUGUACUUGCUUAUGCUGGAGGAUAUCACUACACUAGGGUCUUACUGUUGGGGUAGUGCAACCCUAACAUAUUUAUAUCGUUUUCUUUGUAAAGCCUCCCAAAGUAGCCAAAAUGAGAUUGUUGGAUUCCUACCACUACUUCAGGUAUACUAAAUAAUUACACUUAGUAUUUAUUGAAUUUUCAUCUAGUUUAUAAUUAUCUAUUAUGUUCAGAUUUGGGCAUAGGAGAGAGUUACCGUCCUUAGGCCUCAGAUUGUAGCAAAAAGAGAUACAAGGAAUAAUUUCCCUGUUGGUUUACCAAGGGGUCCACAUGCUUCUAGAUGAUAUGCACAUUUUUGUUGGGCCGACACUACCAAACACGUGUUAAGAGUUUUCAGGGAUGCGCUGGAUUCCAUGACAGAAGAUCAGUUUAUUUGGAAACCAUAUUCUUCUGACAUCAUUGAGAGUCUUCCCGAAUAUUGCCGCGUUGGAAGAGACAUAUGGCGUGGUAGAGUUCCAAUUUUUUGUUGGGAUGUUGUUGAGGUUCAUUUACCCGAUCGAGUUAUAAGGCAAUUUGGAUUGGUACAUGCGAUACCAUCUUCAUUUGCAUUUGACGCUACACAUUUUAACCAUGAUCGUCGAGGAAGAUCAAAAACAAAUCGGGAGUUAGAGCAUGCACAAUGGUUGCAUUUUUGGAACCAUAUUGACAAAUAUGUAUGGAAUUCACCAAUCCUUCAUGGAUCACUUUGGUAUGAUGAUCCAUACCUUAUUUGGUUUAGACGUAUUACUCAUUUUAUCAUCGGUAAUCGCAUUUCGAGUCUUCAACAACAACAAGGUCACAUGCCUAAUGCGACGACAUACGAAAUAAUGGUGCGUCAUAUUCAUUUGAUGGUUAAUAAAGUAAUAACGCUCGGUGAAAAUCCAUCAAUGGAGGAAUUGUCGCGCUCCAUUUUCGCAGAAAAUGGGUUUUGUGCACGACCUAACAACUCUUUUGGGAUUUUUCGAGUUUGGAGUCGCCACCUAACGAGUUAAGGCGCGUUAGGGCACCUAUCUAAACUAACUAAGUCUAACUAAGGUCAACGAGCCAGAGAUUAGGGUAAGGGUUCAAAUUACCUCGAGGGGAAGGUGUUAGGCAUCCCUCGAGGUCCACAAGCGUGGGUCCCGACUGUAUCUCAUGCAAUAUAUGUGGGGUUACAAGUAGCAAUCAAGGUCAUUUAUUUAUUUAAUUUA